CAUCGAUCUACGCAGAAUGAAAUCGAUAAACAUUUCCAUGUUAAUGACCUUAGACCUACGCUUGCUUCGCUUUCACAAGUUAUAGUGAAUGGAAAUGAUAGGCAACCAAACGUGUUUCAAAAUCAGCUAAAACCUAAACUUCUAAAUUAAAAUACAAUAAUCACUAUAAUCGUCGACGGCUAUUUAUCGCGUAUCUUGUUUGUUUGAAUCGGAAUAAUUUCAGUGUACUGGAAACAUUAAUCAGUAUUUCUGUAGUGUUACGUAUUUCAACAUGUCUUUUUCACAGACUACACGGAUUUUUGUGAGGACCUUCCAACAUCGAAAUGCCAGCAACGUGGCAUUCAUCGGCGUUGGUCAAAUGGGCGCUCGAAUGGUGAAAAACCUCAUCAGCAAAGGCGAGAAAGUGAAAGUAUUUGAUUCAGUACCUCAAGCAGCAUCAAGUGUUCAAGGUGUAACGAUAUGCAACUCACCAGAGGAGGCAGCCAAAGAUGCCGCUUUCGUCUUUACGAUGCUCCCCAAUGGUCAUAUUGUUAAAGAUACGUUGCUUGGUGAGAAGGGCAUCAUGAAAGGGAUCAAGAAAAACGCUUUGUUCAUCGAUUCGUCUACAAUUGAGCCUCAGCAGUCACAGGAAUUGGGAAAGAUUGCAAAGGAAAAUGGAUUCAGAUUUCUAGACGCCCCUGUAUCAGGAGGCGUGACAGGGGCAGAAGCUGGUACUUUAACUUUCAUGGUGGGAGGAGAGGAUGGAGAUGCUGAAGAAGUAAAGCCCAUCCUACUUAAAAUGGGAAAAAAUGUCUUCAAAUGUGGAGGAACCGGUACUGGACAGAUCGCGAAACUUUGUAACAAUCUUAUAUUAGCUAUAACCAUGAUCGGAACCUGCGAAUCGCUAAACAUGGGUGUUAAGCUGGGUAUGGACCCCAAACUCCUCACCAACAUCAUCAACGUCUCAACAGGCAGGUCAUGGUCUUCUGAUACAUACAACCCUGUACCUGGAGUGAUGCCAAAUGUUCCAUCGUCCAACCAUUACAAAGGGGGAUUUGGUGUGCCCUUGAUAGCCAAGGAUUUAGCAUUAGCUGAAAGCGCUGCUUUAAGUGUGGGAGCUCCUCUACCUCUGGGCGCCAUCUCGCAUCAGUUGUACAGGACUUUGAUUGCCAACGGAUUUAGUGAUAAAGAUUUUGCUGUUGUCUAUGAAUUCUUGAAGGGCCAAAAAUAAAUUGUGUUGCUAUAGAUAUUGUAUUAUUUUCCUUGAAAUAGUAUUUAUUAGAGUGUUUGGUGCAUUUUUAUAUUUUUCCAAAAAUAUGCAGAUCUUUUUGCUGGUAAAAUAUUUUAUAUUGUUCAGAACUAGUACUUUGACACUUAAAUAUGAAUCCAAC